AUGAAUUUAUGUCUACUACCGUCUUCGUUUCAUCGCCCGGGGUCGGGGCUCUUGCUUCACAUCGCCAACCAAACUGGUGCUAUACGUCUCGGAAGAAAUCCGGCCGAUGAGGUUUUACUGCGUUCGCUCAGAAACUUGGAUCGGAUUCCGGGCACAGAGUACCACGCUGUUGGAGUACUAUAUGUGGGUCAAAGGCAGGAGACUGAAGCUCAAAUUCUAGCCAACGUGUAUGGAUCUGAAAGAUAUGCACGAUUCUUGAAGUGA